AUGUUCGAUCACUUAUUCGACCCCGAUGCCUUCCACCGUCACCCCAUCCCACCAGCCUUCUCACGCACAAAUUACAUUGUAUCAGGUGCAUCUCGCGUACAACUCCCCUCGUACAUUAGAGACCAUCGACACGCCCACCCAAUGACACCUCACCAGCACCACCAUCAUCACCCGAGCCCGGCCCGCCGCUACUCAAUCUACGCAGACCCCUCACCUACCUCCUCAGACUUUGAUCAAACAGAAGACACCUACCUGCAAUCCGAAUCCGACUCGAGUCUCACCCACGUAAAGCACUCACCCCCCAGAAACGCCAACGCCAACAACGCCAAUAACACCAACAAUGUCAUUCCCCCUCUCCACCGCACGUCUUUCAAAUUGCCCCAUACAACAUUCGCUAACCUCCCAUCCACCCACACUUCCUCCUCCAUCCUCAUCUUACCCCCUACCCUAACACCCCUGCACAUCCGCAUCGACACCCCCUCGUCUACACACCAGCUGCGCGCCACCGUGGCAGGCGAUAUGCGCUUCCGGGAUGUAGUAAGCCAGCUGGUGCGACAGGGGCAGUAUGCGGACGUGAGGGCGAGUGUAAGGUUGAGGGGGGAAUGGCAGGAGCCUGGGUCUAGUGUGAGGAUUAGUGAGGUGGUGCGGCAGUAUGCGGUGAAUGAGCGAGGGGAAGUGGAUGUUAGGAUUGAGGUUGGGCGUGGAGGAGUGGGAGGAGGAGGAGGAGAAGGAGGGCGAGAGGGACGAAGAGGGGGUGGGUAUGUUGGGGGAACACGGGGUUUUAGGGCUUGGGAGAGGGAGACGGGGCGCGCGUGGGAGAUUAGGGAUUGA